CAGUUUUUACUUUCUCCAUGGAGAAGAUACCGAUACGCCACUCUCAACACUCAAAGGAUAUGAACAAAGUAAUGAAAGCAAACCUUGACCAUUCUUUCGAAAUGAAAUGUGAUUUUAAUUGCACCUCUCUUCACACUGGCUUCACACUGUCAAAGUCUGCCAUGGAAAAAAGAAGCCUGGGAGAAUCCUGCCCCUUGAGUUAUGAGGAAGGGUUUUGUAAAGACUGUGCCAAAGAGCAUCAAAAAGUACCUGCAAGUGAAUCACACCACACUGUCCUCAGGAAUCGAGAUCUUGAGGAUGAAGGAAAGCCUGUGCAUAACAAGGAAAACAAGCAAGUAACCCAGAGACUCGAUGAAGGUAUCUAUGAAAUGGAGGCCCUGGAUACUAGCAAGUUUAAUGAUGACAGUGGUUACUCCUCUAUGUUAAGCAACCAGUACAGCGAUCCAACGGAGCACGAGGACAGCAUUCCCUUGGCUGGGAAUCUCUGUGGCACACCAAGGCACUGUCUUAUGAAGAACCAAAGCCAAGUGCAGUUUCCAAAGACUUUGUUGCCAGUUAUCCAUUAUGAAAAAAUGAUUUGCUCCACUUUGAAAAAAAAUGGUAAAAGAAAUCUCAGGUCUUGGACUGCAAUAGACAAGAUUGUUUUUAGGGGAAAGUUUGAACUUCAUAACCUAAUUGGAAAGAAAAUGGGGUUAGACAGAAUAGAUAUUCUUGCUGAACUCUUCCAAAAGAACUUGAAGCAUAUACUAACUAGCAUCUUAAGGCAUCUCGAUGAGAUGGAUUUAGUAAAUGUUGCCAAAGUCAGCACAACAUGGAAGAAGAUUCUGCAUGAUGAUAAACGGGCUUUCCAAAAAUAUAAUGAAGCUGUGAGAAACAUUUCUGAUGGCAGCAAAACAUCAGAGCAUGCUGGAACAAGGGAAUAUGUUAUCUACCGAACAGCUUUGGCUUCUGUUCAGAAAGCCGCCCCACCAAACUUCAGUAAAAAAGGCAACAGAUCCAAAACGUCUAAGAAUCACAGCAGGCUGAUCGAGUUUUCUGAGACUGCCAAGACCCUGAAAAACUUUGAAAGCCUUAAAGUCUGCCAUCGCUGUGGCUCGCCUGCAAAGUAUGACUCCUAUCUACACAGAGCAACGUGCAGCCGGGAAAGCUGUGGCUUUGACUUUUGCACGAAGUGCAUGUGCAGCUACCACAGCUCCAGUGACUGUAUGAGUGGCAAACCACUGAAAUCAAGCUGUAAGCUCGGGCCGCUUCCUGGGACUAAGAAAAGCAAACAGAACCUGCGGCGGUUGUGAUCCAUCCUAAUACAGGCUGAUAGAUAAGCCAUAAAUGUUCUUUCAGAUAUAAAAGAAGAACAAAUAUGACAAUGCUUCCAGCUAUCCUAUAUUCAACCUACCCCCCAAACCAGUCCCCCCUCCAAAAAAAAAAAAAAAAAUUCGCUUUAAAGUAUGAAAGAAAACUAGCAGAAGGGGAAAGCAUAAAUUCUGCUUUAAUUAAAAUGUUUGCUCUUCCUGUACCAAAAGUCUUUAAAAGCUUUCAUAGUGAAAAUUUAAAGUGAAGCGGAUGAGGUCCAUUUUAAUAUAAAAUUGUGUAGGGGCUCUAGAUUUUACUAUUUUUGAGGCUUUGCCUUAAUUUUAAAAUGUGAAAGUUCAGAAUACUAUUUUAACUGAUUAUUUGCCUUAUUUGAAUCUUGUUGCUGUGCCUUCGUUCUUCACUCAUUAAGAAGUCACUGUGAACUUACCCUUUCCAAUGGAAAAAAAAAAAAAAAA